GAAGUGAAAAUCUUUCUGCCUGCGAUGACAGCCAAAAGUGAUAGUGCAAAAGACCAGCAAGCAAAAGCCAUCCGCAGAUAGAAAAGCUGAUCCUCUUUCGUUUUCGUGCGUGUGUCGUCUCUGCGUCGGGUGACAAGGAAAAAAAAAGGCUGUGGUUCGUCCGAUUCGGAUUAUUAGUUUCCCGUGUUCGAUCCGUCGUUUUUCUUUGGUUUUCGCGAGUUAGCCCAAGAGUGUUCUUUUCCGCAGACUACGCACCAGCAGCUGGAAAAGUUUUCCCAAGUGUAAACAAAAAAGGCGAGCCUUGGAAGCAGCAGGAAAGGUUUAGUCAUCGUCUGCGGAACAAAAGCGGAGAAUGUUGGCCCUGAUCAAUCGCAUUCUGGACUGGUUCAAGAGCCUGUUCUGGAAGGAGGAAAUGGAACUGACGCUGGUCGGGCUGCAGUACUCGGGCAAGACCACCUUUGUCAACGUAAUUGCCUCCGGCCAGUUCUGCGAAGACAUGAUCCCGACCGUCGGGUUCAACAUGCGCAAGGUGACCAAAGGCAACGUGACCAUCAAGGUGUGGGACAUCGGCGGUCAGCCACGCUUCCGGUCGAUGUGGGAACGAUACUGCCGCGGGGUCAACGCCAUCGUCUACAUGGUUGAUGCGGCGGAUUUGGAUAAGAUGGAAGCUUCUCGGAAUGAGUUGCACUCGCUGUUGGAUAAGCCACAGCUAGCCGGCAUUCCGGUGCUGGUGUUAGGUAACAAGCGAGAUAUUUCUGGCGCGUUGGAUGAGCCGGGACUGAUUGAAAGAAUGAAUCUCUCCAGCAUACAGGAUCGGGAGAUCUGCUGCUACAGCAUCUCGUGCAAGGAGAAGGACAACAUCGACAUCACCCUGCAGUGGCUGAUCGCUCACUCCAAGAGCCAGAGCCGUUAAAAUGAUGCAACGGUUGUUGUCGUCGUCGCCGUAGUUAUUGUCGGUUUGUGUGCGUUCGUUGUGGCUUCAGCAGUUCAGCAGGGAUUUUAAUAUUCAACGAUGAUCAAGCAAAGGCUUUGGGGGACCGGAUACAAGAACUAUUAAGAGACUGAUGGUGUACAACGGCGCGGCCACACCAUGUUCGUUAGUUUUAGCAAUGAGUAACGGCAAGAAUUUCAAGCAUGAAAACACAACAAUGUAGAACAUUUAGUAGAUCACGUGGCACAUGGUACACCGGAUUGGCUGCUCGAGCAUAAGAUUCUUCCCUAUAAUAGGAACUGUUUGUUUGGUAUGUACGCGGGAACGGUUUCCGAAUCUCAACCCGGUACGGUCGGAUAAGAUGAACAGUGUUAGGCAUAAGAGAGGCAUGAAUGCGAUUGAUUAUAAGUUGUGACAUUUGAGCAGUUUUGUUUUAAUAUACAUAAAAAGUUAUUACAGUCAUAUGGAUACUAACUAAAUUACUUCAAAUGGAAAUUAUUCGGAAAGAGCGUCUUUAUUAUUCAGAAAUAUUGGGAUACGUUAGACGAAUGGUAUGACAUCAUCUGUUAGGGUUUUUAUGCGUGCAGAUGUUCGUGAUUUUGAUAAAAUAUUCCCCCCAAAAAAAGGCAAACUGAUAAAAGCAAACUCAAUCAGCAGUUAGUACGCAAAAUAAACGCCAAAUGAUUCACAUUACUAACUAGAGCAAUUCACACAGCAACAAACCGAAGCACGUACAUACCCUCACUAAUCUCAAUGAAAUGCACGCAGGAUGACAAUUCUGCUAGGGAAACAAUUAAAUUGAAACAAAUUUGCUUUAUAGAUAACACGUUGUUAAAUGAGUGCGAGAUCGAUGAAAUGAAUGAGCGUCCUUUGCGUUGUUUCCAGCUCCCGUGUUUUGUCCAACAGUUCUACGAAUUAUGCGUUUGUUUGAGUUCCUGAUCCAAGUGGGCAGCAUCACAAUCCUUUUAGUAUUGUUUUCUAUGUGUGGACGAAAACGAUCUGAGUGCAGCAAAUGUGCGAGUGAAUUGACCAUUCAAUUGAUAGUAUAAAAUAUCCCAAAACAAAACAGACAAAUAGUUGAACUUAUUAUUCUCCAUUACUAAACUGAUAUUUUCGAAAAUAAGUAAAAUGAGAAACAAUUCUUUUUUCUUGAUAUUUGUUUUUAACUUUUUGGAUGCUUCUUAUUCGUAUUAUGCAAAGAUAUAUUAUUUUCAUAUUUUUUACAGAAACAAAUCAAUUUAUUUUUCUUCUAAUGUUUAGGAAAGCUCAGUUUCAAUAGUGAGCAAUUUUAGGUUUCGCGCAGUGAUAUGUUGAGUAAUAUUAGGUCUUUAUAUAAACAACAAAAGUCGAGAGGGUCAGGUGGAUAACAAAAAAUACAUAAUUACGUUGUUGACCGUUAUGAUGCCAUAGUCGGUAAAUAAAACCUUAAUCACGAUCACAUAGAAUAACACUCACAUAUUUGUCCCCGUUUAUUAAAAAACUGCAAGAACACUUUGCAAGGUAAUAAAAUGCAGGCUGUCGAACUCGCGCGAACGAGAUCACCGAAUGUUCCAGCGAAGCUAUCGGAAAUAUGUAAACCUGGGACAAGUCUGUGAGUGCGGACGGUAGUUAUAGGUUCCCAUUGGAUUUCCAUUCGAAAAGUAGUGUCAUUGUCAAAAGUUGAAUCUUGCAAAUAAAGCCAAGCUUCCUUAGAGCAGUUAUAUACCAAUCGAUAGGUUUUCACGUUUCCUAAGGCUUAAUAUUGUGGGUAUUAUUUCGCAGUUUAUUUUUCAGCAAACAUUUUCUAUCAAGUUCAACCAGCGUUAUAACAGUGGUAAACAUUACAAGCGAAACAAAUAAUCAUAAUGACAAAAUAUAAAAUGGGAAGGAAGUGGUGAAAAACGAAUAGUUAGUAGAUGAAACAAAACAAAUAACUGGAAACUAAGAAUGAAUAUGAUUAAUAUUAAAUUGAUUACUAAAUCUUAUACUGUAUAUAAUGACAACAUAUGAUAAUAAUAAUGAAAUAUUAUAUAUGACUACAGAAA